AAAACUUAACACUGGGUUAUUAGACAACUUUGCACUGUUGAUUGAGUCAUGAUAAGUAUACAUAGGUUAAAUUAAAUAUGCAAUAUGUAACUUUUUGGGUGACCAGAACAAAUUCACAUAGAAAUCUGAGUUAUAAAUGUAAUUCUCAUUGAAAGCAAGUCUAAGAAGCCUUAAAUCGGUUCCCGUUCUUAAGUUUAAUUUUUGCAUCUUUUACUUUCAGCUUCAAAAGUUGAAAAUACAAUAUUUGAGGUCAUUGAAAAGAUGUUACAGCUAUUUAGAUGGUACAAUGACUUUCUACACUAUACAUUUCUUAUUUUGUCACAAACUGAAAUUGGGAAAUUUCUGCAUAGUGCACCUUUACAUAUUUAUUUACCAUAACCACACAUGAUGAAUUGUAAAACUGUAAAAUAGGCCUAUUCAUAACAAGGACUGUUCUUAUGGUAUCAACGUGAUCAAAGCCUAUCAUUGAAUUGAAUGUGCAUUUAGCCAUUUUUUUGUACUGCACAUUGUGUAUUGUACGGUAGUGAUAUGUCAAGUCAGCAUGGUUGACAAGUCAUGAACAAGAUGCAGCAAUGGCCUGAUGAUUUCCAAUUCAAAUAUUGAACACAGAAGAAUGCCACUCCUCAGUGCAUGCAAAUACGUGGUUUUGUGUGUGUGUCAUGGCCAGUGCCAUGGAGGAAUUUCAGGUGAUCGUCCAUACCUUACCAGCCCCCACCUCUGGAACAUACAGCAUCCUACGGCUCACUCUGAUUGGCUCAGAGGGUGGCGAAACCCCACCCAUCUCAGUGAACGCUGGGGCCAACCAGCACCACCUCCUACCUGGAUCAGCCUGUGUGGUCAGAGUGUGGUCAGAGGUGGCACUGGGUCGAGUAGUUCUGGUCCGGCUACGGUUGGAGGCUCGGACGGGUUUCCCGGACCUGGACUGGCACUGCAGGGGGGUGGAGGUCCGGAGGCUGUGUGACAGACAGGAGGAAGGGGCGGGGCUACAGCACCAAGGGGCAGAGCACUUUCCUUGUAGCAGGUGGCUCCGGUCUGUAGAUGGUGACGUGGAGCUACGGAAUGGAGACAUGUGUCUGUUGAACUCAGAGACUGUGCAAACCCUGAAGGACCACAGACUCAAAGAUCUGCAAACUAAACAGCAGCACAUCAGGUGGCGUACAUUUGCUGAGGGUGUCCCUCACUGUGUGGACAUGACCAGUCUGAAGGAAUUGGGACCCAACCUCAGCUACACACGCCAAAGCCCAGGCAUCAAUCUGCAGUAUCUAAGGGGUUUUGCUGAGAGAGCUGAAUCCUGGAGUAGCUUUACUGAGCUGGAGACCAUGUUCAGCCACAAUGGGAGCCAGAAUACUGUCGCUAAGUAUGUGCAGGCCCAUUGGGCUGAGGACUGGUUCUUUGGCUACCAGUGUUUGAACGGCUGUAACCCUCUCAUGGUGCGACAGACACGCCUCCUCCCUCCCAACCUGUCAAUCAACUCUGACAUUCUCUGCCCCUUCCUGCCUGACGGAUCCUCACUGGAACAGGAGCUAGAGAGAGGGUCUAUUUUCCUGCUGGACUACGAGAUGUUGGAAGGUGUCCCGGCCAACGUGAUCAAUGGGAAGCAGCAGUUUCUCGCCGCCCCGCUAGUCCUUCUGCACCUCAACCAGGAGGGGGAGCUCAAACCCAUCGCCAUCCAACUGCAGCAGGCCCCUGGUCCUCAGAACCCAGUGUUCCUGCCCUCUGACCCUGACUGGCUGUUGGCUAAGACCUGGGUGCGCUGCUCAGACUUCCAGUGCCACCAGCUUUCCUCUCACUUCCUCAGAACCCACCUGCUGGGAGAGGUGUGUUGCACUGCCACCCUCAGGCAGCUGCCAGAAGUACACCCUCUACACCAGUUGUUGAUGCCUCACAUAAAAACCACACUACAGAUCAACAUCCAAGCCAGGGCCUCUCUACUGGCUGCCAACGGAGUGUUUGACAAGGCCAUAGGCUGUGGUCUGGAGGCGUUGCCUGUACUGUUGUCUCGAGCCACAGAGCGUCUGCAUUACCGCUCCCUGUGUGUCCCUGACGACCUGGCAGACAGAGGGAUACACACACUCAAACACUGCUACUAUGCACAUGACGCACUGCGAGUGUGGACCGCACUGCACAGAUUUGUGAGUGGCUGGGUGGAUGUGUAUUACCUUGGAGACCAGGAUGUGGAGCAGGACUCUGAGCUGCAGAGCUGGAUCACUGAGAUCUACACACAUGGCUUCCUACAGCUCCCUCACUCAGGUUGCCCACAGUCAUUCCAAACCAAACCAGAACUCUCUCAGUUUGUUACCAUGGUUAUAUACUGCUGCUCUGCGCUGCACGCUGCUGUCAACUUCUCUCAGGUGGAUUUUGACUUGUGGAUGCCCAACUGCCCAGGCUCCAUGACGCACCCCCCUCCCCAGACCAAAGGCAUGUUGACGGAAGACGAGAUUCUCUCCAUCCUCCCGGACGUCAACUCCACCUGCAACCUCCUCAUCACUCUGUUCCUACUGUCCCAGCCCGCUGCCGACUACGUGCCUCUGUGUCAGUAUCGUGAGCCUGUGUUCAGCAGUGGCGCUCCCCGCCGGCUGGUGGAGAAGGUGCAGGCCGAGCUCAGGGCCAUUUCUGAUGAGAUCACAGACAGGAACAAGAAGUUGGAGCUGCCCUACGACUACAUGUCCCCCGACCGCAUCGAGAACAGUGUGGCCAUCUGAGCAUCUGUGAAUACACCCACAGACACGCAUGCACACACGUUAUGUUCUAUCCUCGUAGGGACCUAAAAUUAAUUUCCAUUCAAAGUCCUAUUUUCCCUAACCCUCAACUUAAAAUAGCCUUUUAUCCUCGUGAUUUUAGGUCCCCACAAGGAUAGAAGUACCAACCAAUCCACACAUGCAUGCACACACUGACAAGUAGACACAAAGAUCCCAAGGUGCGCGUGCACACACACACACACUUCCAGCCACAUGCACAAACAUAAACGACAGCUUAAGGUUAAAAAAGUGUCAAAACCUGCUCUAUUAACUCUAUGAUUUAACUCUAUUAACCACAAUGUUUCUUCAGUUUCUAUGAAUCACGCUUUGACGGUGUUAGUGCUGCAGGGGUUUAAUGGUUUUGAUGAAAAACAGCUAAACACAGCGAUCAGGUAGUUCACGCUCCUCUCCUAAUAUAAACCAGAAAUCAACAAAAGCAGAAAAUAAUACCGGCUGCAUCUCAAUAGUAUAUAGUGGCCUCCUCUCCUAUUAUCCUGUCCUUUUCUCCUCCAUCCUUGCUGAGCGAGAGUGACUAGGAUUUAGCUUCCACCUGUCAUGAUUUAAAAUGAUUUCUUUAACAUGUCUCCUCCUCUUCAUCAACAGUGAUUGAAGUGAAUUUAACAAAUGACAUCAAUAAAAGAUUAUAGUUUUCACCUGGA